AUGAGUAUAUUCGAUUACGCUGCCGUGGGCGAUCUAGCUGGUCUCAAAUCAGCUAUUGCAGGAGAUGACAGGUUACAAUCACCUGCAAUCUUAAAGUCCUACAUCAACUCUCAGAACGAUAGGAAAUGGACUGCUCUUCAUUUCGCAGCCCGUUACGGAAAACUCGAAUUCGUAAACUACCUAAUCCAACAAGGCGCCCAAACAGACUUGAAAGACGACCAAGGACGCACUCCCGGUGCACUAGCAUUCGAAUGGGGAUUUGAACCACUCUCAAAAUCACUGGGUUUCAAUCCAAGUGAAGCACCAUCCAAACCAGCUGCUGCAGCGCCUGCAGGCAAGGGAUUACCAUCACUGUCUGCUGUAGCAACACCCAAGAAAGCUGCUGCUGCUAGCAAACCACCUCCACCACCAAAAGCCCCCGUUAAAGCUGCACCUGUAAAAGCUGUUACCAAGAGUUCAUCAGCAGGAGGAGCUGCUCCAGUAGCGCCGCCACAGUUGGUUAACUUUUUCGCUGGAAGUCGAUUGAAUCGUAAAUCAUACAUCCGAGACGACACUGUAAUGCUAAACAAGGCCCGUCAGGACCCACGAACACGAUACCUGGUAUUCGAGAGUCUUAAUCCAUUAUUCCGUGACACCAAAGGGCAACGAACAGACAUUGCUUGGAUUGGGUGGGAAGAUAUCAAGCAAUUCCUGCCUGCUAUUGGAUCAGAUGAAGAAAAGAAGGGUGUUACGCUCGUAUUUUUGGGUAUUGAUGAAGAAGAUGCGGAUCGUGCGUAUUGGGCCCUGGAUGUAACGCCCUUUGCGGAUCUCGUUAAAUUUAUGGGAGAAUUGGGAUACGAGUUCUCAGACGCUCGUCCAACUGGAUUUAGACUAGCAAAGGAGGAAGCUGCUAUUGUUGCUCAUGGCAGAGCAAUGCUGGAUUGGAAUUUACGUAAUCCAUUCUGUCCUAGCUGUGGUACAAUUACAGACAGUGAGGAAUCAGGAUACAAACGUAAAUGCCAGAAUAAGGGCUGUUUGAAGGGUGUUCAGAACUUCCAAUAUCCAAGGACGGACCCCGUCGUAAUCUCAUGUGUGAUAUCCAAAGAUGGGGAGAAAUGUCUGUUAGGAAGGGGUGCACGUUUCCCGGGUAUCUUUUACUCGUGUGUGGCAGGUUUCAUUGAAGGUGGUGAAUCUCUUGAGGAAGCAGUGAGGCGAGAAGUAUUGGAAGAAACUGGGAUCAAGGCUGGACGUGUUUGGUAUCAUUCGUCUCAACCUUGGCCAUUCCCAAAUUCUCUCAUGAUUGGAUGUAUGACUGAAGCUCUCACUGAGGAUAUCGAACUGCUGGACAAGGAGCUGGCAGACGCUCGCUUCUUCAGCAAACAAGACGUCCUAAUCGCACUUGGAUUGGGUCCCAAAGGAGCAAAACCAAGCAUGAAGUUCAUGGCUCCACAAGACUUCGCCAUAGCACAUAACUUGAUGAAGGCAUGGGCAACUGGUGAAUUCAAACUUCCUUCUGCUACUGCUUCGAAACUGUGA